ACUAUAACCGGGCAGCUGAUCUUGCGACGACCGCGAUAUCGGAAAAAAGAUGAGAUUGAGAAGACAAGAUGGUAAACACAGGGAGCAGGAUCAGGAAGGGUGAAAAUAGUGGGAAAAAACGUGGAAGUGAACGCCAAAAACUUGGCGAUGAAUUAUCCUUUUUGGCCGGAUUGAUAAGCAAACAUAAAGAGAAACCUGCUGAUAAAGAGAGCAAGCAAAAUGCAUCAGGACAUAUCUCAAACCAGUUCUCAUGGACCAAGGAAAGACCCAGCUCAUCAUCGUCUCAGUCUUCAACCAGUUAUACAUGUCACAAGCAAGGUCAUAGGUCACAGACUUCUCACUAUAUUCCCUCUAAGGACAGGUUAACUUGGAAGAAACCAAAGGAAAGAUCCGAUGACCACUUGAGCAGCAAGGCUAGUAGAUACAAAUAUUUUGCUAAGGAUGUGCAUAGAACUGCAAUUGAAAGGAGUGCCAAUGACAAAACUGAUGUUUUUACGAGCAAGAAGAAGCAAUCCACAGAAUCUACAACUGGUCAACACCCACUUCCAGGAAAAGAUGAUAAUUCAAGGAGAAGUGUUGUAUCUCAACAAGGUAGAAAAUUAAUUUCCACAGAGACUGCAAAUACAGGAAUAUCCAAAGCAUGUCCUCCAUCAAGAGUAUCUACAUUGGUCAAGCCGGAAGGACUGGGUAAAGCAGAUUCAACAGAUCAUGGUCCUCCUGCAAGAAAAGCAACAUCACUAGAAUAUGAAUCGGGGGACAGGCCAUCAGUGUCAAACAGACAACAAAAUAAAGAGAUUGUCGUUUUAGCAACGUCAAAGAAUUCAAAUACCUCAAAAUCAGGUGCCAAAAUUGAUGAUGAGAUCUAUUGUUUAUCAGGGAAUGUAAGAAAACAAACAGUUUCUGUUAAUUCAUCUUCUGAACUUUCAGAGGCCCUGGCAAGUGAUAGAACAGCUACCAAACCGAUUAUGCCAGAGCAGUCCAUCAGAAUUGUCCAUCAUGAGAAGCAGCAUGGAAAGCGUCAAAGUGCUAGGGUUCUUGCCACUCUGUCCAAGGAACUGGACAAAUGCCUUGUGGAUAUUGCUCGAUUAAAAGAAACCAGAACUCGCACAAAUGAAGGCAAAGCUAAAUCCACUGCUGGCAUCAGAAAGCCACCAUUUGUCAAUGUUAGGGAUACAGAAACUGAAAAAACUGCUACACUGGCUGGUAGCCAGGCAUUUAGAAGUAAUCAAGGAUGUAAACUGAAAUUAAGCAGUACCGAAGACAGGUGGAAGAAAUCAAAACUUGAAGAUAGCGCAGCUGGAACUGAAUGUGGUGCGUUACCAAGAAGUAGUGAUUAUAAAUGGUUGGCUCCAAAGGUAAAUUCAGCAAAGGCAUCUACUAGCAAUAUAGGGAAUACCAACAAAGAAAAAGCACAGGGAACAGACAAUCUGUUGAAGAAAAAAGGGAUGCCUGAUGGAAUUCGGGCAGGGAUAGGGAUGAACGAGGGAUUAAAGCCUUUGAUGCAAAGAACAUCUAUUUCCCCUCGGAUCAAAAUCAUUAGAACCAAGUACAAAAUGAAAAAGCAAUCGUCAGCAGAAUUGUCUUCAUCUCUAAUUUCUCGACAUAAAGUUGAUCACAGGAAAGCUGUCAGUACGUCUGCACCAAAGUCAGCAGAGAAAACUGAUGUACCCAAAAGCAAUGUGAGGAUAAGUAGGUAUAAGCUUGUUAAGGCAUCUUCACAUCCUGGAAUGCUUUCCCCAAAGCAACCUGAAAUGUCUUCAUUAUCUCCACGCAAACCACAUGUUGCUAUCAACUCGAGAUACAAAAAGGUCAAGGGUCAUCCGCCUGCAUUGGAAAGUCCAAAGAAGUCUGCCAUAGUGAUUCCUCACCGUUCACAGCUAAAACUGAACAGGAUGAAAGCAAAAUCUAGUCAGAAGAACACAACAAAGAGAGCCCCGACUUCAACUUCAAACAGAAAGCAGUCAAAGCAUAAGAUAGAUCGUCGACCGAGAGGGACCGCAGUGGUUAGGAGUCGGUUCAAGAUGCGUAAGGUUUCCAGCAGGACUCCCCGGAAGAUGCCCCCUAUGCAGUCACCCAGCUCAUCCCCUUUCAAGUGGCAAGCAAAGAAAGCAUCUCCUUCUAAACCUGCCACUCCGGAUACCUUCAUGCGCAGGAGAAUGCAUUUUGUCCUUACACACACUCCGGUCUUACUCCGCACCCGCUUCCGUCUCAUCAACUCUCAACACACCAACUCAACGACAGUGACAGGACACAGCCCAAAGCAACCACUUCUCAAGAAAACCAGGACCAAGCUUAUCAGAAAAUCAACAACAGCUCCUUCGAGCCCAUCUCAGAAGCAUCCAAGACCUCGGUUGGUCAUAGCUAAAGGGGUCCACUACCAUCAGAGCAAGUCAGGGAAGAGUCUCAGGAGAAUAUCGGGCUCUUCCCCUGCUGUCUUAGCAUCAUCAUCCCACAGAUCAGAAGCAACAUCAAGAUUAAGACAGGGCUCCCUCUCUAGGUCAUGGACUGCCAGUAUGCACAAAUGGUCUCAGAGGCAGAGUGCAGUGAGGGUUUCCAGCACACAGUGGGUUGCAAAUCGUGUCCUUCGACGGACAAUACAGGAGAAGAUCCAGAGAGGCAACAAGAAUCUGAAGAGGGAGCCCUACUGCAAGUUCUACAAUCGCUAUGGCAGAUGUCACAGAGGAGACAAGUGCCCUUACAUUCAUGACCCAGACAAGAUUGCUGUCUGUACACAAUUCUUGAGAGGAACCUGUAAGAAGACUGAUGGUUCUUGUCCCUUCUCCCAUAAGGUCUCCAAGGAUAAGAUGCCAGUAUGCGUGUACUUCUUGAAAGGGAUUUGUAACCGUGACAACUGCCCCUACUCCCAUGUCAAGGUCAGUAAGAAGGCAGAGGUGUGUCAGGAAUUUCUUCAUGGCUACUGCCCUCGUGGGGCCAAGUGUAAAAAGAAACACACUCUGGACUGUGCAGAGUUUAAUGAGACUGGGCAGUGCAUGCUGGGAAAUAAAUGUCCCCUCUGGCAUCGAAAGCGUAAGAUGAAGAAUGAAGGAAGAAAAGGAGUGAAAAGAAGAGCAAGUGAGGGAGAUAAAGUCACUUCAAAGAGGUAAAUUUUCUGUUGAAUUUCAUUAUUAUCUUUGUUAACAUACUUAAACUUGCCUCUGGCCCCUUAAGCACAAAAGGAAUCAAAUAAAACCAUUUUCGAGGGUAGCUUAUGAGCACAAAUCAUUAGUUUUUACACUACUAUGUUUGUCUUUUUGCUGUGUGUGUGUGUUUAUUUCAAAAGGUAGUAUUUGUGAGACAUACAUGUCUGAAGACUCUCUUGUUAAUUACAGUUAUAAAUAGGGUCUGUGUCUGGAGACUACAUUACUUCUAUGGACAGAGUAUACAUGUAGAAGUGCAUGCAAUCAAGAAACAGAAAGAAAAUAUCUUAUUAUUAUUACAAAGACAUGGUAUCAGAAUAUACAAUUAUAAUCUAGAAAUGUGCCUGGAUAAACAGAAUUAGACAAUAUGAUGUACAAAGCAUGAGAGAAACCAAAUUUUCUAUCUGUUGUGUAAUUUUAUAUUGCAUUUAUACUUACAAACCAGAUAGGGAUGGUUGCGCAAUCUUUCCAUAACUGUGUCCAAAAGACCAAGAUGCAACUACCGUAUUUAUAACUUUGUCAUGAACUUCCAUGGUAACCUUCAUUAUAAUUGGCUGCUGGUCCCUGUUACCUUCGCAGACAAUACAAGAGAUGUAACUCUUUAUAAAAUAGUCCCUGUACAAUUUAGGAUCGUGAGGUCAGACAUGUAAUUAGAUAUAUUGAACGAAAAAAUUUGGUACUUUCGUGUAUCUUGAAUUCUAACAAAUUCAGAUACUUAGCACCAGGAUAUUUUGCCAGUGUGAAAGUAAAUUACAUGAAUGUGUGAUAUCCCUAAUACCUACAAGUUGGUAGGUUCUUUUAAAAAAUUGCAAGGAUUUUCCAGGAUAUUCUCUAAGCACGCAUUGAAUUUUAGCCAUGUAAAAGCAAAUUACAGGAACUUUAC